CCUCUCUUGUUCCCUACCGACCCUCGCCAGACCAGUAAAGGUCUCGCUUUUCUUGCGUCCGCUGCUUCAAACUUCGACGAUGGAUUCCUCCUCCUCGGCUGUGGAGUCCGCUCUGUUCCUUCUCUUCCUUCCGAAGACGGAGGCGCUGCCUUCGAUCGUGGCCUUCCUCCUCGCCGCCCUCUCGGUUCUCUGGUUCUACCCCGGCGGGCUCGCAUGGGCGCUCUCGAGGGCAGGACGCUCGAUCCCCGGCCCUCGGGGCAUGGUCCUCGCCUUGUCCGGCGCUGCCGCGCACCGGUCCCUCGCCACGCUCGCCGAAACCCUCAAAGCCACCGGCUUGAUGGCCUUUUCCGUCGGCCUCACCCGCUUCGUCGUGUCCAGCCGCCCCGACACCGCCCGGGAGAUCCUCAACAGCUCGGCCUUCGCCGAUCGCCCCAUCAAGGAAUCCGCCUACGAGCUCCUCUUCCAUCGAGCAAUGGGCUUCGCGCCCUUCGGCGAGUACUGGCGCAACCUACGGAGGAUGUCCGCCACCCAUUUGUUUAGCCCCAUGAGGAUCGCCGCUUCGGGAGAACACCGCCGGACCAUUGCACAGCAAAUGAUCCGGGACGUAAUGGCGAGCAUGGAGAAGAAUGGGGCGGUGGAGGUGAAGAAAGUCCUGCACUUUGGGUCUCUGAGCAACGUGAUGGCGACUGUUUUCGGCAAAAAAUUCGAUUUUGGGAAGGGCCAGGGCAUGGAGUUGGAAGAGCUGGUCACAGAAGGGUACGAGCUACUCGGUGAGUUCAACUGGAGCGAUCACGUCCCUCUGUUAAGUUGGUUGGAUCCUCAGGGCAUCAGAAAGAGGUGCAGGGGACUGGUGUCCAGGGUUAAUGUGUUCGUGGGGGGCAUCAUAGGCGAGCACAGGCGGAGGAGAUCUGGUGGAGAGUCGGUCGAUGGUGACUUUGUCGAUGUGCUGUUAGAUCUAGAGAAGGAAGAAAGGCUUUCUGAUUCGGACAUGGUUGCUGUUCUGUGGGAAAUGAUCUUUAGAGGAACCGACACUGUUGCUAUCCUCCUGGAAUGGAUCAUGGCAAGACUGGUGGUGCACCAGGAGAUACAGAGGAGAGCCCAGUCGGAGCUCGACGGCGUCGUCGGGAACUCGCGCGCCGUCGCAGACGGCGACAUCCCCAACCUGCCCUACCUGCAAUCCAUAGUCAAGGAAACCCUCCGGUUGCACCCACCCGGCCCCCUUCUCUCCUGGGCGCGCCUCGCCAUCCAUGACGUUCAUGUCGGCGAUAGCUUCAUCCCUGCAGGGACUACAGCGAUGGUGAACAUGUGGGCGAUAACCCACGACGAGCGCAUCUGGCCGAACCCCGAAAGCUUCGAGCCGGAGAGGUUCAUGGAGGAGGACGUGAGCGUUCUGGGUUCCGACCUCCGGCUUGCACCUUUCGGGUCUGGAAGAAGGGUGUGCCCCGGCAAAGCCCUAGCCUUGGCUACCGUUCACCUGUGGCUGGCACAGCUGCUGCAUCAGUUCAAAUGGGUUCCUGUGGAGACUGGAGUGGACUUGUCCGAGUGCUUAAAGAUGUCUCUUGAGAUGCAGAAUCCUCUGGUGUGCAAGGCCUUCCCAAGAUACUGAACGAGUUUGGAUCUGGUGGAGCUUGGUGUCUGUGGUUAUCAUCUGCAGUGUAGUUUGUAGAAGCUGGAACUGUUUGUCGUGUCCUUUGAGUUAGUCUCAGCAAGUUUGUGUUAUAUAUAU